AUGGUCACCACGUCCUGCGGUCAAGCGACUGGCAUUUGUGAGCUUCACAGCCGGCUUCGGACAAGCAAAGAUAACAGAAAAGCCGGCAGAGGCAACCAGCCCGUGCAUUAUGCUCAAUUGCACCGUGGCCUCUUUGGAUUCGGGCUGACCGCCUGCACCGACCGACCCCUGCGGCUCGCCAACCGUGUUUUAUGCAAGCCACGAUGGAGCGGCGGAGCCACGCCCGUCGAACUCAGCCCCGAAAGCGCGGAAGAGAAACUGCGCGCGCCUGGGAGCCAGGCCCAGGUGCGCCAAGCUGGGGUCGCCAGCGGCUUCCUGGGCUGGCUGCGCCUUGCCGGGCUGGACGGGAGGCCGGGGGCGCAGUCCGUUUUGCUGUUUCCAGUUUCCGCUCGCGGUCAGUCAGAAAGCGUGGAUGCCCAUCAGCGGAGUUUUGAUGUAGGAAUCCAUAUUGGCUAUCAACGUCGUAAUAAGGAUGUCUUGGCUUGGGUUAAAAAGCGCAGAAGAACUAUUCGCAGAGAAGACUUAAUCAGCUUCCUGUGUGGGAAGGCCCCUCCUCCACGAAACUCUAGACCUCCCCCAAGACUGACUGUAGUAUCCCCUAACCGAGCUACAUCAACGGAAAGUAGUUCUUCUGUCGAGACGGACUUGCAGCCCUUCCGGGAAGCCAUAGCUCUCCAUGGUCUCAGUGGUGCAAUGGCUAGCAUAAGUGUUCGCUCGAGCACCCCGGGCUCACCCACGCACGUGAGCAGCGGCUCCAACGGGAGUCGAAGGAGAAACGGACUCCAUGAUGUUGACUUGAACACUUUCAUAUCUGAAGAAAUGGCACUCCACUUGGACAAUGGUGGAACUAGAAAGCGUACCUCAGCCCAGUGCGGUGAUGGCAUUACGGACUCCCCGACCCAUAAACGCAAUCGUAUGAUCUAAAUGGCAACAUUGUUUUCACCUUCCCUUUCCCACCCCGUUGCUCGAAAACCCACUGGUGCUCAGCCACCCGCUGGGAAAACAAACUUGAGGCUCUCUCUUCCUGAGUCACACAAAAAUUGCCAUAAAAGAAAGAAUACACCCUGAGGGUAGACUCCUCUUGAACCUAUGGCUUUCUUCAGAGUAGAUUCUUUAGCAGAGGAUUUCCAAUGUUGUGUAGUAGCUAGCAAGCUCAUCGCAGGUAGAACUCACAUCCGUUCCAAGGCUAAAAGUGACCUUACAUGUACUCUUAAAGGGAAGAAAGGAAAUAUCAGACAUUUAUUUGGUUAUAGAUUGCUUUUUGUCCUUUAUUUCUUGCCGUGUUUAAAUAUUUGCUUCAACAGUAUUGCCACUUUGACAACAGUGUCAACACCAUGACUUGGCAUGUAAGACCCACAGGUUUCCUUUAGAAUAUAAAUAUAUAUAUAUAUACAUAUAUAUAUGUAUUAUUUUCCUUUUAAAGCUCUACUGGACACAUAAUUUUCUAUAUAAAUAAGUGUGCAAGUUAUAAGUAUUGGCCUGUACCCAUUUUUUAAGUUUAAAAAGCAGAUGACUGUGAGGUGACAUAAACAGGUUCCCUGAUGGUGAUGCGGCAGAGACUAAAUCAUUACAAAAAGGCUGUUUGUUGGGAUUGUGUGUGUGAGCUCUAAAGCAGCUGCCCCAGGCCCUCCUCUUCCUCCUGUCCCAGGAAUUUCUACCUGGAAGGUUUUUGGUUGAUUGCUUAAGUCCCAUGGCAGAAUAUUUUGCAUUGAUCGUCAGAGGAAUGUGUUUUGUAACUGGGAGGAUACGUGAUUUUGGUAAUACAGGUAUGUAUCAUACGCUUCCUCUGUGUGUGUGGGGAGAAAACUGGGUGGGCAGGAACUUAUUUUAAGGAGUGUUGGCCUUUGUGUUUUCCCAUCAUGGUGGGGAUGGGUUUUGAGCUCUUUUUAGAAGGCAGACAUUUUUAAAUGUCUCAGGCACAACUUCUUCUUGGUCAUUUUGAUGAAAUGUGAGCCUGUUGUCCUGUGCGAGAAAGAUCCCUUUCAGGUAGCCUCAGUGCCAAGCACUGUAAAGCUAAACCAGCCCACGGCUUGGGGUUGAGCUGGCCAACCAUUCAUUCACCAAGAGAGGGUGAUCUUGGUGCAGCAAAAAGUGCUACUGUUUUGAAGUCAGAGAUGUGACACACCUACCCCUGAGUCACCCUUGGGAAAUGUCAAAGGGAGCGGGGCCCGGAUACAAGGGCUGAACUGCUCUACUUGGGUCCAGACUCCCCUCUCUCCUCCCCCCCAAAAAUCUUGACAUGCAGACCCUCCCUUCUCUAGCUCCAGAAAUCUGUCCUGUUUUAAUCAAUGAAAAGGUUAGUGAUAACUCACCCACUAGCUAAUGUGACUUUGAAGAUUGUAGUUUAGUCUUCCCUAUUCUGGUGCCCUCCAGGUGUGUUGGGCUACAGCCCCUUCAUCCUUCGCCUUCUGUGGAGUUUCUGGCUGAGGAUGAUAGGAUCUCUAGUCUGCCAUGACUGCAGAAGGGCUGUUUGCAGUGAUUCCAAAUAGCCUUGGAACCAGAUUCCACUUGAAUGCUGCUUGACUGGGCAGCUAGAUAACACUGUUUGGAUCUUAAUUUAGAGCCUCGUACACUGUCAAUCGGAUGUUUUCCCAGAUCUCUCCCUUCUGGUGGCUUCUCAUUUCUCUUAAUUUGGGAGGGGUCAUAUCCAACCCAUGGAGACCUGUCUAAACAGCAAAAAUCCUUGCAGUUUUGGCAGGGGGAGGGGGAUUCAGGCAGCAGUGAGGGGCCUGUUGAAUUGUGCACCCUUGUUUUUGCUUUUGAAAAAUGUAAUGUGAAGCACAGGGUACUCCAACUUAAAAGGCCACGAAUAUGCUCUGGGAGAAGCAUAUAUGUUCUCAUUUACUUUGUGGGGCUUUUUUUUAAGCAUUGCUAAUUGACAUCUUAAACAGCUAGAAGUGACCUGUUCAUGGAACUAUGAGAAUUCAAAAUUAAUCCCAGCCUCAGGUUGCAUUAUCUCUUAGAUGUUCUUUUUAAAGAUUGCCAAUGUUAAGUGCAGCUCAUGGAUGGCUUUUUGACUUAACGAGAAUCCAGACUGCAGAGUGUCCGUGUGACGUGGUUCUUUCCUAUCUGGUCUAAACAAGCAUUUCUCUCCUGAGAAUUAGCACUUAACGUUUGUGGGUACAAGGUUAAAACUGGUGCAAAAGGAUAAAGAAUAUUCUGCCAAAAAACACCAAGUAGUACUUCAGAAGCAAAGAAUGAACUCUUAACUGAAAAACUCAACUAGUGAGUAGAGCCAUCUAAUACUCAGAAAGGAAUUGGCCUGGAGUGGAGAAAUAGGAAGUUCUUAAUUGGGCCACUGAUGAACGCACAGACUCCUUGAUUUAAAUCAUAGGUGUACUGAAUGAGUAUGGAGCUUUGCUGAGGUUUUUGGUCCGUGGUUUCUCCAAGUAGUUAUGAGCCCAGCCCAAAAUGCUAGAUGGAGAAGGUCAAGGUUGCAUCCCAGUUAGAUUGAUAAAGAACGGAGCAUGUAGCUCUCGGUGUGUGGAAUUUGUCCUCCCUUUCCUCUUACCAAUUAGACUAGAGUAAUUCUUCUGCGCUUUGAAGCUUUGCUUUCAGUCUAGCUCCUCUGAACAAAAUUAUUUGAGCAUUUAAAAAAUUUUGGUGCCAUCUUUCUGUUUUCGUAAAGAGAAAAACAGGCUUGGAUAAGCCAGCUGCCCUUAUAGUCUGUGUGCUUGUAAAGCUUCAAUUUUUACUUUACUGCUUUUUAAAAACAAACUGUAUUUGCUGUCAAAAUGUUCACUCUCCUGCCAAAAUAAUCAUAAUCUAGAUUGCAUGAUGGCCCUCAUUGGAGAAGUGGGUUGUGUCACAAGCAAAUUUCUUUAAAGCUCGGCCAUGGAAUAUUCCCACAGGUCACUCCUUGAUUGUGACUUUGGGAAGAAUAUAACUACUAUAAAACAGACAUGUUUAGUACUUAAGGUGGAGUAGAGAAGUAGUCUGUUGCAGUUCAGCUUUUUUAUCUGACUUGAUUGGAUGCCCUUCUGGUGAUACUUGUCUCAUCUGUUUUCCCCUGUAAACCAAACUUAACAUGAAUGUGGGGCAGAUUUUACAUAUAGUGUAUCCUGCAUUGAAGCUGAGCUUGGCUUGCAUAUACUAAAAUUCAAUUUAAAUAUUAAAACACUUGAGCUAUAGUGAAGUAAUGCAAAGCUGAUUCUUCCCCCACCCUCCUUUGUUUGAAAUGGAAUUCCUGCAAAUCUUCAAAUGUGACCUUGCUCUGCUGGAGAAAUAGAUACCUUUUUAAAACCAUAAUAAAAUCAAAUAAAUCAACA